AUCCUGUGCGCUGGGUUGCUAGAGAAGUGUGGAAAUGUGGAAAUCCUGGACUGUUACACGCGGAUGAAGACCUCACGACCGGGUCUUCAUUUCUCACUAACCAGCAAGAGAUUAUAAACCGCAGAACAACGAGAUUAUCGAGAAGAAAUGAAAACCUCUCGGUUGUUGCGUGUAGACUUGGCCGUGAUGGUGUCGUUCCGGUCCCUUCGUCCUGCUUCUCUCCUCUUUCUGCUCGUAAUGACGGUUGUUGAAUCUCAGGAAAAUGUGGACGUGCGUUACACACUGCACUCCGUCUGUGCUCUAAGGGGAUCCACAGUGACUAUGGGCUGCUCUCACAGAUAUCGUUUCAUUGCCAUCACUAAGAGCGUUUUCUGGAGCAAGGAAGAGUCGGUGGUAGGUGUGUUGAACGAGUCUUCUGAUCUGGCUUUAGACCCUGAGUACAGAGACAGGGUUCGGUACGGCAGAGACACUCGGCGAGACUGCUCCCUUACACUGAGCGAUGUGACAGAACACGACCAAGGGAAGUAUUACGCAACGAUUAUAAUGACAUCUGAGCGAAGAGUACAAGGUAGAGGUGGAGUCAGCCUUUCUGUCACGGAGCUUCAGGUGGAGAUGGUUCCUGAGAGUGUGGUUGAAGGAGGUGAAGUCACUCUGACGUGUAAAUCCACCUGCAGCCUGACCAACGCUCCGAUUUUCACCUGGUACAAAAAUGGACGUGAUUUACACUCCUUCUACUGGUCUGACCGGCUUCAUCUGCAAUCGGUCAGUCAGGAGGAUGCAGGAAGCUAUAGCUGUGCUGUACAGGGAGAAAGUUAUCGCUCCCCUGCUGUCACGCUUAAUGUCCACUCUGUAGAUCCUCCAAAAAGCGUCUCGGUGUCCGUCAGACCCUCGGGUGAGAUAGUGGAGGGCGGUCCAGUGAUUCUGACCUGCAGCAGUGACGCUAACCCAGCUGUGGAGGACUACGCCUGGUAUAAAGGAACGACUCUAUUAAGAACAGGAAACGAUUAUUUUAUCGGCAGGAUCAGCUCUGAGGACAGCGGAGAAUACAAGUGCAAGGCCAGAAAUCAAUAUGGAGAGAAAUACUCUGAUGGAGCAGUCUUAAAUGUUUUGUAUCCUCCAAAGACAGUCUCGGUGUCCGUCAGACCCUCGGGUAAGAUAGUGGAGGGCGGUCCAGUGACUCUGACCUGCAGCAGUGAUGCUAACCCAGCUGUGGAGGACUACGCCUGGUAUAAAGGAACGACUUUUAUAGGAAUAGGAAAACAAUACUUCAUUAGACGGGCCAGCUCUGAGGACAGCGGCGAAUACAAGUGCGAGGCCAGAAAUCGAUACGGAGAGAAGAACUCCGAUGGAGCGACUCUAAUUAUUUUGGAUCCUACAUCAAGGGUCUUCGUGUCCAUCAGUCCGCCUGGUGAGAUAGUGGAGGGCGGUUCGGUGACUCUGACCUGCAGCAGUGAUGCUAACCCACCUGUGGAGUAUACCUGGUUUAAAGGAGUCAUUUUUAUGAGAACAGGAAAAACCUACACUAUUAGCAAGAUCAGCUCUGAGGACAGCGGAGAGUACAAGUGCAAGUCCAGCAGCCGAUACGGAGAGAAGUACUCCAAUAAAGUGACUCUACAGGUUUUGUACGCCCCUAAAAGUGUCUCAGUGUCCAUCAGCUCCUCUGGUGAGAUAGUGGAGGGCGGAGUAGUGACUCUGAGCUGCAGCAGCGAUGCUAACCCACCUGUGGAGACCUACACCUGGUAUAAGGUGAAUGAAAGCUCACCUGUAGGAUCUGGACAGAGUUACAGCUUCACGUUGAGCUCCAGGAGCAGUGGAUGGUUUUACUGCGUGGCUCAGAAUAAGUUCGGGAGUCAGAGCGCCGCUGCAGUGCCUCUCACUUCAGACGUGUCUUUGUUUUCAGGUCACAGUUUCAGUUACAUGGCUGUGUGCAUAGCUGUUGGAGUCGGCCUCUGUGGGGUCGGAGUUUUAACAGCUGGACUCUUCUGCAUGAGGAGGAUGAUGCAGAAGCGAAACGCGGCUAGACGUCAGGAUGGUGGCACUCGUGCUGAAGAUGUGCUCUACGCGUCUCUUGAACCCAUGACCAGGACGCCCAAUGAUGUGUACAGCACGCUUGCAACGGGUCCACACCCCAGACCUCCUGAGGACACGUAUACAGCUCUGGAACCUCAGACCAUCUCUCCUGAUUACAACACGUUAACAGCUGCGAGAAAGCAUCAUUGAGAUAAUCAGCAGCAAGGAGAGAGAGAGAGAGAGAGAGAGAGAGAGAGAGAGAGAGAGAGAGAGAGAGAGAGUAUACUACACUUGAAUAGUGACGUAUACUCUCAGAGGGCAGAUAGCGCCUUCCUCUGGGUAAAAUGAAGUGUUACCAAAGCAACAUACUGUACUUAUGUUUUUAUUUAUUUUUUUAAUUCCAUACAUCAGUCUUAGUGCUCUCAUGUCUUUCAGUUCUGAGUUUACUCCACUUGCUUUUGUUUUUGUUUUGAUCUCCGCCCAUCAUAACCCUUUGGCUGAUUACACUAAUGUGUUCACCUGUUCUGUGUCACACUUAUAGGCUUACAGUAUACUGCUUUCUGUCCCGAGUUCCCUUUGUUUGCGAGUCUACUCUCUGUGUUCCUUGUUCCUUGCUUUUGACCUGCCUGUGUUUCGAUCCCACCAAUGAUUAUCGGAUUUGUCCGAAUAAAGAAAACGCUGAGUUUAUGCACCUGUGCCCUGCCUUCAGUCGGGGGACGGACGGACGGACGACAAGCCCUCUCAGCUGCCUAGCCUGAACAGAUCUGCCUCUUUCGUAAUCCACAGAUUCCACAGAGAACCACACAAGAGAGCACCAAGCUAAUGCUGCACUCUCACUUCUUUACAUGCAAAUCACCCUUCUCGGUACUGACGUCUCAAAUCUGUUUGCCACUGAACUGCAGGCUGUCCCAUGUCGCACAGGGUUGGAGAACAUUUGCAAGAGGAACUUGAACGUCCCUCCAUGUAAAGCACUUACGCAUUUAAAUUUUCAUGAUUGUACACGUAAACUGCCUUUAGGAAUUCAGGCCAGAGCUUUUAGUAGGAUUGCAAAACACAACCAUAUCCCACAAGUAAUACUGUAUU